AUGGCUCCAACUCAACAGUGGCGCUGGAUGGAGGAACGAUAUGUCGCUAUCAAAAUAAACGCUACAUCCCACCACUCACAGGAUAUCGCAGCCGACAACGAGCUGAAUAUUCUCCAACACAUUGCGAAAUGUAACCCGGACCCUCGCAGUCGAGAAUUUGUUAGGCUGCCUUUAGACUCAUUUAAUCUGACUACGAAGUAUGGUAACCACACUUGCCUCGCCUUCGAGCCUCUGCGUGAACCUCUGUGGCUCUACCAGAGGAGAUGGAAAGAGGACGUUAUUCCAUCCGAAAUAUUAAAAAUUAUGCUACAGACUAUUCUACACGACCUAGACUAUCUUCAUUCUGAGUGUCACAUUAUUCAUACAGACUUAAACCCCGAUAAUCUCCUAAUAAAGCUAGAAGAUAGCUCAAUACUUCACAGAGAUGCUCUAGAUGAGUAUCACAACCCACUUCCGCAGAAGCAUUGUGAUGAUGGGCGCAUUAUCUACCUAUCAAGAAACAAUCACGGGAAACAUAUCAGGACCACCAUACGAACCGUGAUUACAGAUUUUGACUUGACUGUCAAGGGGGACACGCCAAACUCAGGCUGCAUUCAAGCGGAGAUUUACCGUGCUCCUGAAGUCAUUCUUGAAGCAGGAUAUUUAUACAGUGCCGAUAUUUGGAGCCUGGGCGUAAUGCUGUGGGAUCUUCUGGAGAAGAAGGCACUUUUUGAUGAAGUUGAUCCUCCCGGCGAGGAUAGAUAUGAUGAUGCAAACCAUCUUGCAUAUAUCACAGGUCUGUUGGGCUCUCCUCCAGUACGGCUACUUGAAAAGGGGAAGCGGACUUCCUUAUUUUAUGAUUCACAAAGUAGGUGCCUGAAACAACCGGUUAUAGGGCCUGGAGAAGAUUUCGGCUUCGAAAACACCAUAACUACAGUUACAGGGGAGGAAAAACAAAUGUUCAUCAAAUUCGUGAAGAAAAUGACCAAGUGGAAGCCAGAGGAGCGCAGCACCGCGCGAGAGCUCCUCGAUGACCCUUGGCUCCAUAAAAAUUACCCAACAGAGUGA